AUGACUUUGAAGGUCUAUGAUGAGGAAUUAAAAAUUGAUGUUCAAAACACCAUGAAAUACAAAGAUGAUAUUGGCACUAGUCAUACAAUAGAGGUUAUAGAUCAAGUGAUUGCUUAUGAUAGUCCUUUGAAUGCACCACAAUUACCUUUGGAAAGAGUGUCGAGCUUGCCCAUUUUUGUCAUUGAUAAAGAAGUGGACAAUAAAGAAUCAGAAGUUCUAGCCAUGAUGGAAGCACAACCCCUUGGAAAGGAUCUCGACUACACCGGGGCAGUUCUUGGACAACGGAGAGAGAAGCUGUUACAUGUUAUUUACUAUGCUAGUCAUGUGCUGAACCCUGCUCAGAUGAACUAUGCAACUACUGAAAAGGAGUUGUUAGUAGUGGAUUCUAAGCCGAGGCUUCUGAGAUGGAUCUUGCUCCUCCAAGAGUUUGAUGUGGAAAUUAGGGACAAAAGGGGAUGUGAAAACAUCAUUGCCGAUCAUUUGUCUCGAAUGUCGACAAUUGAAGAAACGGAAGACAAGAGACCAAUAAAGGAUGAGUUUGCCUAUGAACACAUCCUAGCUGUCAUUGAUAUCCCUUGGUUCUACUUGUGGGAUGACCCAUUCCUGUACAAGAGAGGAGUAGAUGGAUUAGUCAGAAGAUGUAUCCCAGAGGAGGAUAAAAGGGAUGUGCUUAGAGCUUGUCAUGACUCAGACUAUGGAGGACACUUUAGUGGUGACAAAAUAGCAGCUAAAGUCCUCCAGUCGGGUUUAUACUGGCCUACAAUGUUCAAAGAUGCCCAAGACAUAGUCAAGGAGUGCGACAAAUGUCAAAGAACAGGUAAUAUUUCUAAGAGGAAUCAAAUGCCGCAGAACGCCAUGCUGGAGGUGGAAUUGUUUGAUGUGUGGGAAUAA